AUGUUGAAAAUCAACAAUAAACCAAUUCAAAAUGCUACAAAGACUUUUGUACGUCAUGCAUCAUACAAAGAAUUAAAAUUUGGAGUUGAAGGUAGAGCUGCAUUAUUAAAAGGUGUAAAUACUUUAGCUGAUGCAGUUUCCGUAACUUUAGGACCAAAAGGUAGAAAUGUUUUAAUUGAACAACAAUUUGGUUCACCAAAAAUUACAAAAGAUGGUGUUACUGUAGCUAAAUCUAUAACUUUAGAAGAUAAAUUUGAAGAUUUAGGUGCAAAAUUAUUACAAGAAGUUGCAUCAAAGACUAAUGAAAGCGCUGGUGAUGGUACUACAUCUGCUACUGUUUUAGGUAGAUCUAUUUUCACCGAAUCAGUCAAAAAUGUAGCAGCUGGAUGUAACCCAAUGGAUUUAAGAAGAGGAUCACAAGCAGCAGUUGAAGCAGUUAUUGAAUUCUUACAAAAAAACAAAAAAGAUAUCACCACAUCGGAAGAAAUUGCUCAAGUUGCCACUAUUUCAGCUAAUGGUGAUAAAGAAAUUGGUGAUUUAUUAGCAUCAGCAAUGGAAAAAGUAGGAAAAGAAGGUGUUAUCACCGUCAAAGAAGGUAAAACUUUAGAAGAUGAAUUAGAAGUUACCGAAGGUAUGAAAUUUGAUCGUGGAUAUAUCUCACCAUACUUUAUUACAAACACAAAAACUGGAAAAGUUGAAUUUGAGAACCCAUUAGUUUUAUUAUCAGAAAAGAAAAUUUCAAGCAUUCAAGAUAUUUUACCAUCAUUAGAAUUAUCAAAUCAAACAAGAAGACCAUUAUUGAUUAUUGCUGAAGAUAUUGAUGGCGAAGCUUUAGCUGCAUGUAUCUUGAAUAAAUUGAGAGGUCAAGUACAAGUAUGUGCUGUAAAAGCUCCAGGUUUCGGUGAUAACAGAAAAAACACUUUAGGUGAUAUUGCAAUCUUAACUGGUGGUACUGUUUUCACCGAUGAAUUAGAUAUUAAACCAGAAAAUGCUACAAUUGAUUUAUUAGGAAGUGCUGGUUCAAUCACUGUAACAAAAGAAGAUACAGUUAUAUUAAAUGGUGAAGGAUCAAAAGAAAAUUUAGAACAAAGAUGUGAUCAAAUUAGAACAGUUAUGGAUGAUGCUCAAACUACAGAAUAUGAAAAAGAAAAAUUACAAGAAAGAUUAGCUAAAUUAUCUGGUGGUGUUGCCGUUAUAAAAGUUGGUGGUGCUUCUGAAAUUGAAGUUGGUGAAAAGAAAGAUCGUUAUGAAGAUGCUUUAAAUGCUACUAGAGCAGCAGUACAAGAAGGAAUAUUACCAGGUGGUGGUACUGCUUUAAUAAAAGCUACGAGAAUUCUUGAUGGUGUAAAAGAAAAAGCAGCAAAUUUCGAUCAAAAAUUAGGUGUUGAAACUAUAAAAGCAGCAAUCACAAAACCAGCAAAAAGAAUUAUUGAAAAUGCAGGUGAAGAAGGUUCAGUUAUAGUAGGUAAAAUCUAUGAUAAUCCAGAAUUUAAUGUUGGUUAUGAUUCUCAAAAGGGUGAAUUCACUGAUAUGUUAGCAGCAGGUAUAAUUGAUCCUUUUAAAGUUGUUAAAAAUGGUUUAGUUGAUGCUGCAAGUGUUGCUUCUUUAUUAGCUACUACUGAAUGUGCUAUUGUUGAUGCUCCACAACCAACUCCAGGUCCAGGUGCUGGUGGUCCACCAAUGGGAGGUAUGCCAGGAAUGUUUUAA